AUGGACGGGAGGUCGCUGGCGCGGGAAUUGAUACGCGCAAGGACUGACGAGCUGGUGGAAAUGAAGGACAAGGUUGAGAAGAUAAACACAAACCUGGACAAGCUAUUGAGAGCUCAGUUGGAGCUACUUUCCAUUAUUGAAGAGAAUGAAGAACGCAGCUUCGCGUUGUCAUCAGAAUUGUGGGACGGAGGCCAUGCGCAAGACGGAGCCCUUUCAUUCGGAGUGCUUUUGGAGAUGGCGAUUAAUAGGCUAAAAGAUUAA